AUGCCCCUGAUUUACUCCCUUUGGGUUCAGUUGGCUACCGUCAUGCGUGCGCAACUGGUUGGCUCAAAUGGUCUGGCCUGUACGAUGCGGGUAGGCAUUUCCCACUUCUCCUUGUUGCCUCAUUGCCCAAGCCCGCAGCGCCUGCCCUUGGGCCACACUCUACACUUGGUCGUUGUAACCUCCACUUGUAAACUCCUCAUUCACGGGAGCACAGUCAGCCUGUUUGCUUCCACCUCACCUUCUGUACUACCCCGAAGGUUGGCCGCCUGA